GGGCAAGAGUGUAGUGGCGUAGGAGCAAAGUUGGUCUCUGAUCUUUCCCCUGCAAGGGAAAGAGAAGAACAGAGACACACCAGUGUAUAGGGUUUCGGCUUGCCUGUGCGUGUUACUGUCGCAAUGGCAGGAGGUCUCUUCUCCAUGGAGCACCCAUGGGCCUCUGUUUUUGGCAUUCUAGGCAACAUCAUCUCAUUUCUGGUGUUCCUCGCACCAGUGCCGACGUUCCUCCGCGUGUACCGGAAGAAGUCGACGGAGGGGUUCAGCUCGGUGCCGUAUGUGGUGGCUCUGUUCAGCUGCACGCUGUGGAUCCUGUACGCGCUGGUGAAGACCAACUCCAGCCCGCUGCUGACCAUCAACGCCUUCGGGUGCGUGGUGGAGGCCGCCUACAUCCUCCUCUACCUCGUCUACGCGCCGCGGGGCGCCAGGCUGAGGGCGCUCGCCUCCUUCCUCCUCCUCGACGUGGCCGCCUUCUCGCUCGUCGCCGUCGUCACCGUCGUGCUCGUCGCGGAGCCGCACCGCGUCAGGGUGCUCGGCAGCGUCUGCCUCGCCUUCUCCAUGGCCGUCUUCGUCGCCCCCCUGAGCGUCAUCUUCGUUGUGAUCAGGACGAAGAGUGCCGAGUUCAUGCCCUUCACCCUCUCCUUCUUCCUCACCCUCAGCGCCGUCGCCUGGUUCUUGUACGGCCUCUUCACCAAGGACCCCUACGUCACGCUCCCGAACGUGGGCGGCUUCUUCUUCGGGUGCAUCCAGAUGGUGCUCUACUGCUGCUACCGGAAGCGCAAGCCGGCGUCCGUGGUCGUCCUGCCGACGACGACGGCCGCCGCAGCCGUGGCACAGCAGCUGGAGGCGGAGAUGGAGCUGCCCCUCGCCGCCCACCAGCACCAGCUGGCCGUGGCCGUACUGCCCACGUGCGCGGCCCCGGUGCUGGCCGAGCUGCAGAAGCUGGAGGAGGCGAUGGGGUCGCCGCGCAAGGGCGGCGUCAAGGCCAUCUGACCAUGGCCUGCGAUGAACCGCGCGCGAUGCAUGCAUGUCCUGCUCUAGUGCUAGCUGGAUCAGUUGCGUGCUUAUUUGAUUAUUGUUAUGCAUGGCUUGGUAGAUCCGAAUUAUUAACUGACUGCAAGUAGACAGACAUAUAUAUGCGUGUGCCUUCUUUUCUUUACUAUUAUAUAUAUAAUCGUUCGUUUGUGUGUUCUUAAUUAUAUAUAGCUAUAUAUAAGCUUGCUUGUAUUGGAGAUGGAUAAAUUAAUCUGGUGGGUUGUGCAAU